CUGGUGGUGCCGUAUCGACUGGUACGCCAGGUACAAGUCAUUCCUCCAGUCCCAGUACCACGAGUCGAGGAGGUAGCGCCUCGAGAACGGUUCCAAUGGCGGGUAUCGCUAAUAUCGGAGCUGGCGCUUUGGUCGCUAGUGUGUUGAUGAUCGUUGGUGCUGUUGUUGUGCUGUGAGACUUAAUGGGUCCGUCGCGCCUGUCAUUCAAAGUGCGCUCUCUGGUCAAUUUCUUUAUUCUGGUCCAGAACUGCUUUUUUUUCUUGUUCCUUAUCACGAAGUUGUUUCCCCUUUUUUUUUUUUUUUUUUUUCCUUCCUACCCCCACCCUAUUUUUUUUGUUUACAGCUUUGGAAAGGUUCACCGUAGUUCUGCUGUACCUGUUCUUCGUUGUCGCCGCGCAAGUCCCAAAAUUUUCUGUUGUUUUGUUAGCCUGAUGUCGAUUGUCGGGACAAACAAAUGUGAAUCUAUACAUACCCGUUUACAUGUUUCGAGGUCGAUGGCCAAUAUGCUUCCCCCUCCUAGCUUGGACGCGUUUGUCGAGGAGACAUAGACAUCUCGACUCAGCGGCUUCCAUCAUGCAUUGCGCACACCCUGCGUUGCACGAGCUUGGUCGAGUACAAUGA